AAACGCACGUAAGGCUUUAUGCUAUGGUCGAUUGAAAUUGGAUGGUGUUGUAUAUAUUUCAUUUCCGUGAAUCUUUAUUUUGAAGAUUUAUUAAUAAAAGUCUAAGUAAAAUGGUGUUUUUUGGUCGGUAAUAGCUUCCGGAAAUAUUUUAGUGCUAAAAUAACUAAGUUAUGGCUAGUGAUUCGGACUGUGUAAGGACAGAGUUAUGUUAAUGUACUCAUGUCACCGGGUUCCACCUAUGUACCUGGCCCUGGAAGACAUGCGGCGUAGGUACAGAUGGUGAAGUGAGCGCGGCGAGAUGGUGCCGUGUGUGGUAGCUGCGCUGCUUCUGGCCACGUCCGCGCGCGGCCUCGACAUAUCUCAAUGCAUCGCGCCCCUGGGCAUGCAGAGCGGGCUCAUACCGGACAAGGACCUGAGCGCCACCUCGUCGUUCAACGACGGGAACGUGGGACCACAGAAUGGAAGGUUAAAUCAAGAGAUAAAAGGAGGCGCUUGGUGUCCCAAGUCCCAGAUCACGACGGAGUCGACCGAAUGGCUGGAGAUCGACCUGCGGUCCGUACAUGUGAUCACGGGAGUGGGCACGCAGGGUCGCUUCGGCAACGGCCAGGGAGCGGAGUACGCGGAGGCCUACGUCAUCGAGUACUGGCGCCCUAAGCUUGGGAAGUGGGUGCGCUACCGUGGCUCGGACGAGAAGGAGAUAAUGCAAGGCAACACGAACACGUACUUGGAGAAGAAGAACCACCUAGACCCGCCGAUAUGGGCUCAGAGGAUCCGCGUCAUACCCUACAGCUUCCACCGGCGUACCGUCUGCAUGCGGGUCGAGCUCUACGGCUGUUACUGGAGCGUCGGCAUAGUAUCAUACAACAUGGCCAAAGGCGACAAGCGCAGCAACGGCGUGGAGCUGACCGACAUGAUCUACGACGGCACGUGGGGCGACGAGCUGCGCGGCGGGCUCGGCCAGCUGGUCGACGGCAAGUUCGGCGGCGACGAGAUCCGCGAGGCUUCGCAAAACUCCGCAUGGGUCGGCUGGAGGAACGACACCCGGCCCAACCCGCCCGCCAUCGUGUUCGAGUUCGACAAAGUGCGCGAGUUCAGCGCCGUGCAUCUUUAUUGUAACAACAAGUUCAUGAGGGAGGUUCAGGUGUUUUCGGAGGCGAUCAUAUCGUUCUCGAUCGGCGGCCACCACUUUCAAGACGAGCCCAUCCGCUACACGAACAUCGAAGACAACAUUUUCGAAAGUUCCCGUAACGUAAGCAUCAAACUACACCACCGCAUCGGGAAGUGGGUCCGCGUCGAGCUGCGGUUCUCGUCGCGAUGGAUCCUGAUCAGCGAGGUCGUCUUUGAUUCAGACGUCGCUCAAGGCAACCACACUCCCGAGAGCCAAAAACCAUCGGGCGGCAAGGAGAAAACCAAACUCAUACCGAGCAACCCCCAGGUCCCCAUAUCGACCGCCCGUCAGGAGGACCCGCUCUACAUGGCCAUUGUCGUGGGGGUGCUCACGGCGCUAGUGAUACUCCUCGCCGUCGCCGUGUUCCUCAUAAUACACAGGCACAGACACAGAAAGUGCUUCGCGUCCCCUUUGGCGAAGAGCACGGUCUCCCAGAAGAGGGAAGACAGCUAUAGUCGCUGCGGAACCUCGUCCCAUGUGUCGAUGUUGCCGGCGAAUAAGAUGAAUAUAGACUGCGCGUUAGAUGUUAAGUCCGACGAGUACCAGGAGCCCUAUCAGGCUCUGAAGUGCGCGCCAUAUUUUAGUUAUAGCACCGUGUUGCUAGAGAUGAAAGACUUUGUUAAGGAUUCUAACACAGCUUUAUCAGAUAGCUCAAACUACGACUACGCAGUGCCGGAGCUGAGCUCAGCGCCGCUGCUGACGAAGCGUCGGCUCGGCGACAGCCUGUCGGACCGCGCCACCGAGAUCAUGGGCGAGCGGCUCGACCUCGAACUGGACGCGCGCCUGUCCGCGGCCGGCUCCGUCCGCUCCAAGCACAGCGCAAGGUCGGCGAGCCAACAUGAGGUGUUCAUAGACAUGAAGCGGAGACUGGAGACGACCAACGUGAUAGAAUUCCCGCGACAUCGGUUGCGUAUGAUCUCUAAACUGGCAGAGGGCGCUUUUGGCACGGUGUACGUGGCCGAGGCGGACGGCGUACCUGAAUACAACGGCACCAUAACCCCCGAGAGGCGGCUGGUCGCCGUCAAAUUCCUGAGCCACGACGCGUCCGCUAAGGAGAGGUAUAUCAUGGAAGAGUUCGAGCGCGACGUCCGCAUCCUCGCAGCCCUAUCAUCGCCGCACCUAGCCCGGGUACUGGGCGCCUGUCGCUCGCCACCUCUCGCCGUGGUACUGGAAUACUUGGAGCUGGGCGACCUGUGUGCCUUCCUGAGGGCAGCACCCCCUCCUCCUAGUGCCCUGUUACAUAUAGCCACUCAGAUCGCUACCGGGAUGCAGUAUUUGGAGUCGCUCAACUUUGUCCACCGCGACUUGGCGGCCAGGAACAUCCUUGUCGGCAAAGGGUACCAAGUCAAGAUCAGCGAUUUUGGCACCGACAACGAGGUUUACGCCUGUGACUAUUAUAAGGUGGACGGUCGUAUACCUCUGCCGCUGCGCUGGGCGGCGUGGGAGUCCGUUUUACUGGGAAAGUACACGACCAAGAGCGACGUGUGGGCGUUCGCGGUCACCCUCCACGAGAUCUUCACCCUCUGCCGCCGCCGGCCCUACGAGCACCUCACUGAGAACGAGGUCCUGGAGAACCUCUCGCACCUGCAACUAGGCGACAGUAUGUUCGAGGUGCUGGCGCGACCAGCCGGCUGCCCGCGCGACCUGUACGACGUGAUGCGCGCGUGCUGGCGUCGCGACGAGCUCGCCCGCCCCUCCUUCGCCGACCUACACCUGCUGCUGCAGCGCACGGCCGCGUGAUACAUGUUUUAGCGGCCCGACCUCGCAACGUCGGCCAACAACUCCGUUUUUGGUGUAAUCUAAAAUAAAU